AUGUUAGGCUUUUCUUGGGGUUACAGCCUUCAAAACAAACAACAAGAACAACAACAGGUGAUGACAUCUGAAAGAAAACAAGAUAAUAUAGCACCUAUACCUACUCGCCAUAAGAGACAGUAUGAUAACGAUAGUGAUAUGGAUUCAAGUAUCCCAAGAUCCGCUAAUAGUUUAGGUGGUGGUAAUGGUAAUAACAACAAUAAUAUGUUAUUAAGGAAAUAUAUGGUGGCUAAGAAGAGACCAAAUUCCAUCGCUCAUAUUUCAACAACAACUACUGCAUCUGCUGCUGCUGCUGCUGCUGCCGUCGCCGCAAGAGUUACAGGAAAUACAUCUUUAGAUGGUAUAGUAACACCUAAUUAUAUUGCAAUGAUAGAAGGACAACCAUUACCUUUAGAACGAAGUUUGGAUCUAAUGGAUAAAUCACAACUUCAAAACGUAAUAAUGGAUCUUUUACAAGUACAUCCUCAAGUGACCCAACAUUUACAAUCUUCUUUGUCACAAUAUUCUUUCUCAAAUGAUCGUAGAUUAGUUUCUCUUAAGGAAAAAUUUCAAGAAAUUUAUUCAACUAUCCCCUACAAUAAAGAUUAUAUGAACAAUAAUAUACCGAGAUUAGAUGAUUAUGCAUUUGUUAGACUAAAACCUUUAGUACUAGAAUUUUUAAAUUGUCUAACAGAUUAUAUCCUUAACAAUAUUCCACCACGUUCAACAAAUUUACAAGAAUCUCUGUUGUUUUUGGGUUCAUGUACUCAAAUGGUUUGUGAGUUACCAAGGUUUACAUUACCUAGUAACAAUUAUUAUUACGAUAAAUGUUUAGAACAAUUGUCAUAUAUAUGGUGUACUUUGAUUCAACAUUUAGCUCAAGAAGAUGAUACUUUGAAUGGGAUGUGGGUAGGAGGUAAUAGUAAAGAUGCUAUUAUUAGUAAUCUAUAUGAUAAAUUAAACCAAUAUAAUGAAAGCGCUAACAACUUAUUAUCACGCCCUUUACAAUUACUCAAGCAUAUGAUGAAUAUACAUUCUGAAAAUAGCACAUCACAACAUAGAAACAGUAAUAAUAACAAUAGUUUAAGUGAUAUACUCACCACAAACAACAAAAAUACAUUCUAA